AUGGUAAGAGAAAAAGAUGUCUGUUGGGAAUAUGCAGAGAAAUUAGAUGGGAACAAGGUUAAAUGUAAAUUUUGCCAAAGAGUUUUAAAUGGUGGCAUUAGUAGGUUGAAGCAUCAUUUAUCUCGAUUUCCCAGCAAAGGAGUGAAUCCUUGCAGUAAGGUCCGAGACGACGUUACUGACCGAGUAAGGAAUAUAAUUGCAUCGAAGGAAGAGGUUAAAGAAACAUCCGUUGCGAAGAAGCAAAAAGCACCCGAAGUUAGUCUUUCUGCAACCAAAGCUCUUAUUUCGUUGGAGACAAUGACAUCUCCUAUUGGAAAGAUGUUCCCUUCUAGCAAUCCUAUGACUCCCUCUUCAACAAUCAACCAAGAGAAUGCAGAGAGAAGUAUUGCUCUAUUCUUUUUCGAGAAUAAGAUAGACUUCAGUGUUGCGCGGUCUUCGUCGUAUCAGUUGAUGAUUGACGCCGUUGGAAAAUGUGGUCCUGGGUUUAUAGGCCCGUCAGCUGAAAUUCUGAAAACAGCGUGGUUGGAGAGGAUAAAAACAGAAGUUGGGUUACAAUCGAAGGAUGUCGAGAAAGAGUGGGCUAGUACUGGUUGUACCAUUAUUGCAGACACGUGGACUGAUUAUAAAUCGAAGGCCAUUAUUAAUUUCUUAGUCUCGUCACCGUCCAGGAUUUUUUUUCACAAAUCAGUGGACGCGUCUGCAUAUUUUAAGAACACGAAAUGGCUUGCUGAUCUUUUUGAUUCUGUAAUUCAGGAGUUUGGUCCAGAAAAUGUUGUGCAAAUUAUUAUGGAUAGCAGCUUUAACUACACCGGCAUUGGUAAUCAUAUAGUGCAGAACUACGGAACGAUAUUUGUGUCUCCGUGUGCCUCUCAAUGUUUGAAUCUAAUAUUGGAGGAUUUCACCAAGGUUGAUUGGAUUAGUAGAUGCAUUUUACAAGCACAAACUAUAUCAAAGUUAAUAUAUAAUAGUGCAUCAUUGCUUGAUCUUAUGAAGAAGUAUAAUGGAGGUCAGGAACUUAUCAGGACUGGGGCAACAAAAUCUGUAUCCACAUUCCUGUCUUUGCAGUCUAUGUUGAAGCUAAGAACAAGAUUGAAGCAUAUGUUUCACAGCCCCGAAUAUGCAUCAAACACUUCCUAUGUAAAUAAACCCCAGACUCUUUCCUGUAUUGCAAUUGCUGAAGAUGGUGAUUUCUGGAGGACAGUGGAAGAGUGUGUGGCUAUCUCUGAGCCGUUUUUGAAGGUGUUAAGAGAAGUAUGCGAAGGGAAACCAACGGUAGGUUCGAUAUACGAACUAAUGACUAGGGCCAAAGAAUCCAUCCGGACAUACUACAUAAUGGAUGAGAACAAAUGCAAGACAUUCUUAGAUAUAGUCGAUAAAAAAUGGAGGGAACAACUUCAUUCCCCUCUACAUGCAGCUGCAGCUUUUUUAAACCCCAGUAUUCAGUACAAUCCUGAAAUUAAAUUUCUCUCUUCUAUUAAAGAAGACUUCUACAAUGUUCUGGAGAAGUUGCUUCCUGUGCCAGAUAUGAGGCGCGACAUCACCAAUCAAAUAUAUACGUUUACGAAAGCACACGGAAUGUUUGGUUGUAGCAUCGCAAAGGAAGCUAGAAACACAGUUGCACCAUGGCUUUGGUGGGAACAGUAUGGUGAUUCUGCUCCAGGGCUGCAACGAGUCGCCAUUAGAAUAUUAAGUCAAGUUUCUAGCACUUUCUCCCUUCAUAGGCAGUGGAGUACCUUUCGGCAAAUUCACUCCGAGAAGAAGAAUAAGAUUGAUCGAGAAACGCUGAAUGACCUUGUUUAUAUAAACUACAAUCUCAAGUUGAAUAGGCAGAUGAAUGGAAAGUCUUUGGAAGUUGAUAUGCUUCAAUUUGAUGAUAUUGACAUGACUUCUGAAUGGGUGGAGGAAAAUGAAACUGCAAGUCCAACUCAGUGGCUAGAUCGUUUUGGUACAGCCUUGGAUGGCAAUGAUUUGAACACGAGACAGUUUGGUAGUUCUAUAUUUGGCGCAAAUGACCCAAUAUUUGGAUUGUAA